AAGAACUACAAGAUGUCCGACGACGAAAAUAACAACAAAUGGAGAUACGUUACCUUUCUGGUCGGCGAAGGCCACAUCCCAAUACAAAUCCAUGCUGCAAAAAUUGAGAGCAUGUCUCCUACACUGACGAACCUGAUGAACGAUACAUUGAAGAAAACAGGUCUCGAAUCUGUUCCGCUCGACUGGGUCGAUACGGAUACCUUUCAAGCAUUUCAACAAUUCGCCUACGCCCGCGCCUACGAUACACCCAGUCUUCCACCGCGCUCAUAUCCCGGACUGGAGUCUGACUCGGACGUGGAUGACGAGGAGGAUGAAUUUGGAUUCGAUUAUCCGGAGACAGAUGAUGAAGGCCUCCAGCACAAGUUUGAUUUCCUCAAGUCCUGUCGAACGGACGCUGAUGCGACGAUGAAAUUCAUCCGGGACCAAGAGGAAAUCCAGGAUAAUCUCAAUGAACGGCUUUGGAGAAGCUUCCAGGACCUAAGGUAUGAUGGAAGCAAAGUCCGACCCGUGCCUUGUGCGGAUCUGAGUUUCCAUGUAAAGCUAUACGGCUUCGCAACAGAGCACUUUAUUGAGCCAUUGCGUCAAAAAUGCCUAAAAUCCCUCCAUCGAGAUCUCUGUUGUUUCCCAUUUCAUAAGAAGCACGUGCACCUUAUUGCCGAUCUCCUUGUUUCCGCCUACAGAGAGGAUUGGCACCCAGAGACUCCAUUGCAAAAGUUGGUAAUUCACUAUGUCGCCUGUUAUGCACGGAUGCUUCUUCCAGACGAACAGUUCCAGCGUGCCCUCCGACGGGAUGAGCAUAUAGGGGCGGAUCUCUUAUUGAAGCUGGUGAUGAGUGACUGAUAUGAUAUGGGUUGGGAUGUAUUGAUGUUCAUUUGCGCUGGAGAUUAUUAAAGAUAUAGUUGAAUUUUAUGGAACUGACAAAAGUAUACACACGUG